AGUCUCUCUCUCUUCACUGCUCCGCUUUCUCUCAUUGUUCCUAAUUUUACCCCCAAAUCCUCCAAUUAUUACUGAAACGCCACUGCUCUCUCGCCGGGAUUCCGGUGAAGAGGCGGAGAUGGAUGUCGGAGUUUCGUCGGCGAAGUCUAUACUUGCGAAGCCAUUGAAGCUACUUACUGAAGAAGACAUUUCUCAGCUCACUCGCGAAGACUGCCGUAAAUUCCUCAAAGACAAAGGUUUCUUCUUCCAUUUUUUCCGGUCUUAUUGUCUUCUCCGGGAGGAUCUUGCUCUCGGAGUUUGCGUACUUCAGUUAAUUUUUAAAUUCUCUACUCUCUCCGAGCUUUUUCUGCUUGUUUGUUUAUUCCGAGAAUGGCGGCUUACACGUGUCGAAACAGGAAUGCGAAGGCCUUCGUGGAACAAAUCUCAGGCGAUCCAGCAAGUUUUAUCCCUCAAAGCUCUCUUUGAGCCCGGUGACGAUUCCGGCGCCGGAAUUCUCCGCAAGAUACUCGUUUCUCAGCCGGCAAAUCCGCCUCGCGUUACAACAACCAACGAGCUUGGAGAUUGUGGCCGGAUUUCUUUUCAGGAAGAUGACGGUCCAUGCCAAAGAAGGGAUUCUCCAAAAUCAGCUGAGUUUUCCGGCGGUUCUGCUAAGUUUGCAGCGGAGAAAGAUACCUGCAGAAGCCCAGCUGAAACGAGUGCGCUGGUUGGGCAAAUGGCGAUUUUCUAUAGUGGCAAAGUGAAUGUGUAUGAUGGAGUACCACCUGAAAAGGCCCGGUCAAUUAUGCACUUUGCAGCCAAUCCAAUUGAUUUGCCUGAAAAUGGUAUUGUUGCUUCCAGUAAAAUGAUUUCGAAGCGCAUAAGUAAAGAGAAGAUGGUGGGACUUCCCCAAAAUGGCCUUGAAAAGGCGAAUUCUUCUCGUGAUUCUGGUGUGAACAGUGUUCAUAUUACCUUAAUAAAAUUCUCAAAGGCUAAAAAGUGUCCAGGAGUUGCGUCCUCUAGCUUGGAGAUGUUUCUGAAUCGUCAGCCACGGAUGAACGCUGCAUAUUCGCAAAACCUUGGCUGCACAGGAUCUCCACUGCAAAGCGAGUCACCUGAAAACCAGACAAAAAGUCCCAAUCUUUCAGUUGAUCUAAACAGUGAAGUGGUUAAGGAUGGAAGAGAAGAUGUGAUCCAGGCUUGGUAUAUGGAUGACAGCGAAGAGGAUCAGAGACUUCCUCACCAUAAGGAUCCUAAGGAGUUUCUAUCUUUGGACAAACUUGCAGAGCUGGGAGUACUUAGCUGGAGACUUGAUGCUGAUAACUACGAAACCGAUGAGGAAUUGAAAAAGAUCCGCGAAUCUCGUGGUUACUCCUACAUGGACUUUUGUGAGGUAUGCCCGGAAAAGCUUCCAAAUUAUGAAGAUAAAGUAAAGAGCUUUUUCGAAGAACAUUUGCACACUGAUGAAGAGAUCCGUUACUGCGUUGCAGGAAGCGGUUACUUUGAUGUGAGGGAUCGCAAUGAAGCUUGGAUUAGAGUAUGGGUAAAGAAGGGGGGUAUGAUAGUCUUACCUGCUGGAAUAUAUCACCGCUUCACCGUGGACUCAGACAACUAUAUCAAGGCAAUGCGGCUUUUCGUGGGUGAACCGGUGUGGACACCAUACAAUCGCCCACACGACCAUCUCCCUGCAAGGAAAGAGUACCUCGAUAAUUUCGUGAAGGUGAAUGAAGGCGGUGGUGCCAUAGACGCGUCAGCCUAGAGGACUCUCUCUCUUAGGCAUCAGAUUUCUAUAAACUAAAGCAUACAAUAAAGAGAGAUUUCUGUC